GAGUCACCUGAAGUCACCUUCAGCACCAGGCUUGACUACGGCACUGUAGACUCCCUACUUGCUAAGCGCUAAUCACUGGCGCCUACAGACGCAAUGACUAACACAUUGUCCUCCGAGUUAGCCCCUAGCACUGACCCUGUAGAGCUAGCCAAUCAGGCUCCGCCUUCAUUUGGGCACGCAAUGCACAAACUCUUUGAGUUUGACCCAUCUUAUGUCAACCUCAACCAUGGUUCAUAUGGUUCAUUACCCAUACCCGUUAGAGUUGCAUGCGAUAAACUUUCCGCUCGCGUCGAAGCCAACCCAGACAGAUUCUUGCGCAUAGAGUGCAUUCACCAUUGGAAUGAGGCUCGGACUCGAGUGGCCAAGUUGAUAGGCGCAGAGACCGAUGAGUGUGUCUUGGUGAAUAAUACGUCACACGGCGUAAAUACGGUUCUCCGCAAUUUCGACUGGAAUGAAGGGGAUAUCAUCAUUGGGACUACCACGACUUAUGGUGCUGUGUCCACAUUCGAUCUUAGCUUCCCUAUCUCACACGCGGAGAUACUGGAGAAUUGGCGAGAACAUCUCCGCCAAGUGACCUCGGAAGGGGGCGAUCUCAAACAGACUCGCAAGGUUGUUGCUGUAAUGGAUGCCAUCGUAUCCAAUCCUGGCGCGCGUCUUCCUUGGAAAGAAAUGGUGGCCAUUUGCAAAGAUGCAGGUGUUUGGUCGGUAGUCGAUGCUGCGCAUGCCAUUGGCCAGGAAGUAGAUAUUAACUUGUCGGAGGCGAAGCCUGACUUUUGGGUAUCAAAUUGUCACAAAUGGCUCUUUGCAAAGAGAGGUUGUGCAGUCCUUUAUGUUCCCAGACGGUAUAUUUCAACCUUGCUCAACUAUCGACGUCUAAUGAGACGUACUAGGAAUCAUCAUGUUAUCAAAUCUCCUUUUCCCACUCCACACACUUAUCACUCACCUGAAGAUGAACACUACAAUGGCCCACAAGAUUUUGUGAAGCUUUUUCAAUGGACAGGAACCAUAGAUUAUAUUCCAUUUCUAAGUAUCAAUGCAGCCUUGGAUUUUAGACAAUGGCUUGGCGGCGAGCACAAGAUAAACGAAUACACUCACAAUCUUGCAAUCGCCGGCGGAAAACAUCUAGCAAGUCUUCUAGGAACCAGCGUAAUGGACCCUGAGGGUGACCUAACUUUGAACAUGGUCAACGUGGAACUGCCCAUUCCUGGCGACAUUAAAUAUUCAGAUGAAGUCAAUUCUCUGCUACUGAAUACAUUAUUGCUUGAGUGGAACACGUACGCCGCUCAUUACUACCACAAUGGGAAAUGGUGGACAAGGUGUAGCGCGCAGGUGUGGAACGAGAUUUCGGAUUUCGAAGUUCUCGCCAAUGCUUUCAAGGAUGCGUGUCAGAAAGUAGUGAAGUUUGCGAAGCAAUAAGUAGUUGGUUCAUCGCGUAGUAGGAAAGUAUUUCCCAAGACAGAGAUCGAACAAAUAUGAUAGAUUCACUGGGAAGUAUGCCAAGAGCCCGUGUAUUAAGUAUACUCGCUGACUAAUUCAUGGGACAUCCCGAAUAUAAUAUGC